UGCCCUGACAAAACAAGUAAAAUAAAACAAAUAGUUAAUUGAGCAUGGGCUAAUUAAUGGCCACUUUGUGUGCGUUACUUGUGCCAAAAAGUUGUGGGUAAAUCAACAACAACAACAACAACCACUACAACUACAGCAAUAGGAACAACAGCAACAACAAUUGCCAGCAGCAGGAACUAAACCUGCCGACCAGCAUCGUCUACAGCAAACACGUUGAAAAACGCGCACAGAAUGUACAAAAUGUUUAGAAAACAUUUUCGCCGAAAAUCAACAGCAACAGCAACAGAAACAACGACAGCAACAACAGCGACAGCAACAACAACAACAACAACAGGCAGCCUGAGAAUGUCUGCAACGAGGCAAAGGCAACGACAACGGCUGCGAUCGCUGAUCGACGAUUGUCGAUCAUUAAAGUCUGCCUGCAACAUAAUUGCUUUAAUUUUAAUAUUGUUAGUCCAUAAGAUAUCCGCAGCUGGUAACUUCGAGCUGGAAAUAUUAGAAAUCUCAAAUACCAAUAGCCAUCUACUAAGCGGCUACUGCUGCGGUGUACCACCAGAACUACGAGCCACCAAGACAACGGGCUGCUCGCCGUGCACAACGGCAUUCCGGCUGUGUUUGAAGGAGUAUCAAACAACCGAACAAGGCGCCAGCAUAUCGACGGGUUGCUCAUUUGGCAACUCCACAACGAAGAUACUCGGCGGCUCCAGCUUUGUGCUCAGCGAUCCGGGCGUGGGUGCCAUUGUCUUACCCUUCACAUUUCGUUGGACGAAGUCGUUUACGCUGAUACUCCAGGCGUUGGACAUGUACAACACAUCCUAUCCAGAUGCGGAAAGGUUAAUUGAAGAAACAUCAUACUCGGGCGUGAUACUGCCGUCGCCGGAGUGGAAGACACUGGACCACAUCGGUCGCAACGCGCGCAUCACCUAUCGCGUCCGGGUGCAAUGCGCCGUUACCUACUACAACACGACCUGCACGACCUUUUGCCGACCGCGGGACGAUCAGUUCGGUCACUACGCUUGCGGUUCGGAGGGUCAGAAGCUCUGCUUGAAUGGCUGGCAGGGCGUCAACUGUGAGGAGGCCAUUUGCAAGCCCGGCUGUGAUCCCAUUCACGGCAAGUGUGAUCGACCCGGUGAAUGCGAGUGUCGACCCGGCUGGCGUGGUCCGUUGUGCAACGAGUGCAUGGUCUAUCCCGGUUGCAAGCAUGGUUCCUGCAAUGGCAGCGCCUGGAAAUGCGUUUGCGAUACAAAUUGGGGUGGCAUAUUAUGCGAUCAAGAUUUAAAUUACUGUGGCACCCAUGAACCCUGCAAGCAUGGCGGCACCUGCGAGAAUACCGCACCGGAUCAGUAUCGCUGCACAUGCGCCGAAGGAUUGUCGGGUGAGCAGUGCGAAAUUGUGGAGCAUCCAUGCGCCACACAGCCCUGCCGCAACGGCGGCACAUGCACCCUCAAGCUAACGAAUGCAACGCGGCCGACAACAUAUCGCGUCAUGCGCGGCAUGAGCUCCUCCAUGGGCAAACCGAUAAGCCGACGCAAUUCAAUACGCAGCCUCGCCGGCUUGCUGCAGGAGGCGCACAAUGCGAGUGGCAGCAGUGGAGCCAGUGGCAGCAGCAGUGGAGGCGCCUCCCAACAGCUGCCGCCGCUGUCGGCCGAGUUUACUUGCGGCUGUGCUGCCGGCUGGACGGGAUCAACAUGUGAAAUAAAUAUUGAUGAGUGCGCUGGAGGUCCCUGCGAGCAUGGUGGCACUUGUGUCGAUCUAAUCGGCGGCUUUCGCUGCGAAUGUCCGCCCGAAUGGCACGGCGAUGUCUGUCAGGUGGACGUGAACGAAUGCGAGGCAUCCUAUGCAGCAUCUCUGCCCGCUGCAACAACACUACUGACCACCACCGCCAGCGCCAUCAUUGGCAGUAAUCUGAGCAGCUCCGCAGCACUGUUAGCCGCUUUGACAAGUGCCGUUGCCGCCUCAAAUAACGCUGCGGCAAAUGGGCCUUGCAUCAAUGCGCGUGAAUGCUUGAAUCUGCCUGGGUCGUUCUCCUGUUUGUGCCUCGAGGGUUGGGGCGGCGCCACAUGUGCCGAGAAUUUGGAUGAUUGUGUAGGUCAGUGUAAGAAUGGCGCCAGUUGCAUUGAUCUCGUCAACGAUUAUCGGUGUGCCUGCGCCGCCGGCUACACGGGGCGCGACUGCGAGACGGACAUCGAUGAAUGUGCCACAUCGCCGUGUCGCAAUGGUGGCGAAUGCGUCGACAUGGUUGGCAAAUUCAAUUGCAUUUGCCCGCUCGGCUACUCGGGCACUCUGUGCGAGGAGGCCAAGGAUCAUUGCACGCCAUCUCCCUGCCUGCAGGGCCGUUGCCUCAAUACGCCCGGCAGCUACUAUUGCCACUGUCCGCCGGACCGUGCCGGCAAACACUGCGAGCAGCUACGUCCACUUUGCUCGCAGCCACCCUGCAAUGAGGGCUGCUUUAUCAAUGUGACAACGACAACAACAGCAACAGCAGCAAAAGUGACAACAACAACAACAACCGCGAUGACAAAGACUCCGACUAAAAUGACGACGAUGACAACGCCCAGUGGACAGCCCUGCAGCGGUCAUGGCAGCUGCGAGAUGAGCGACGUGGGCACCUUCUGCAAAUGUCAUGUGGGCCACACCGGCACCUUUUGCGAGCACAAUCUCAACGAAUGCUCGCCGAAUCCUUGUCGAAAUGCUGGAAUCUGCCUUGACGGUGACGGCGACUUUACAUGCGAGUGCAUGUCCGGCUGGACAGGCAAACGUUGUUCGGAACGCGCCACAGUCUGCUAUGCGGGUCAGUGCCAGAAUGGUGGCACCUGCAUGCCCGGAGCGCCGGACAAGGCGCUGCAGCCGCACUGCCGGUGUGCACCUGGCUGGACGGGCCUCUUUUGCGCGGAGGCCAUCGACCAGUGCAGGGGACAGCCUUGUCACAAUGGCGGCACAUGCGAGUCGGGCGCCGGCUGGUUUCGCUGUCUGUGCGCUCAGGGUUUCUCGGGACCAGAUUGUCGCAUCAACGUGAACGAGUGCUCGCCCCAGCCAUGCCAAGGUGGCGCCACCUGCAUCGAUGGCAUUGGCGGCUACUCAUGCAUCUGUCCCCCAGGACGACAUGGUCUGCGCUGUGAGAUAUUACUCUCCGAUCCGAAGUCUGCCUGCUUGAAUGCCAGCAACACCAUUUCACCUUAUGCCGCCCUGAAUCAGAGCCAGAAUUGGCUGGACACUGCACUUACCGGUCGCAGUGAUGAGGAUGAGCAUUGCAAUGCUUGUAUCUGCGAGAAUGGCACCUCUCGCUGCACGAAUCUCUGGUGUGGCCUGCCCAAUUGUUUUAAGCUCGAUCCCUUGUCCAAGUCCUCGAAUCUCUCCGGCGUCUGCAAACAGCAUGAAGUGUGCGUGCCAGCUUUAGGAGAAACAUGCCUGGCGCCACCGUGCAGUGUGCGUGGCGAUUGUCGCGCUCUGGAGCCGUCAAGGCGUGUGGCACCGCCUCGUCUGCCAGCCAAGGCCAGCUGUUGGCCCAAUCAGGCGCUCGUGAACGAAAACUGUGCCCGGCUAACCAUACUCCUGGAUCUGGAGCGUGUGGGCAAGGGCGCGACUGUGGAGGGUCUGUGUUCGCUGGUGAGAGUUCUGCUUGCGGCCAGACUGAUUAAGCAGCCGAUGGUGCCGCCGGCGAGUCCAGCACAGGAGCAGGGCAUGCUAAUGGUGCUGUGCGAUCUAAAGACGGGCACCAAUGACACCAUCGAACUGACAGUGUCCUCCAGCCAGCUCAAUGAUCAGCAGCUGCCUGUGGCGGUGGCCUUGUUGGGUGAACUGCUCAGUUCCCGCCAACUGAAUGGAAUCCAGCGACGCAAUGAACUGCAGCUGCAGCAUGCGAAACUGGCUGCGCUCACGUCCAUACUGGAGGUCAAACUGGAGACGGCUCGUGUGGCUGAUGGCAAUAGUCACAGUUUGCUCAUUGGCAUCCUCUGUGGAAUCUUCAUUGUGCUGGUGGGCUUCUCCAUAUUCAUAAGCCUUUACUGGAAGCAGCGGCUGGCGUAUCGCAGCAGCUCGGGCAUGAAUCUGACACCACCGAUCGACGCACUGCGUCACGAGGAGGAGAAGUCCAAUAAUCUGCAGAACGAGGAGAACUUGCGACGCUAUACGAAUCCACUCAAAGGCAGCACCACAUCGCUGCGUGCCGGCACCGGCAUGGAACUGAGCCUGAAUCCGGCGCCAGAGCUGGCGGCAACAGCGGCCAGCAGUUCAGCGCUUCAUCGCUCCCAGCCUCUGUUCCCACCCUGCGAUUUUGAGCGAGAGCUGGACGUGAGCACGGGACUGAAGCAGGCGCACAAGCGCAGCUCACAGAUACUGCUGCACAAGACGCAGAACUCCGAUAUGAAGAAGAACACAGUCGGUUCGCUGGAGAGUCCGCGCAAGGAUUUUGGCAAGCGUUCCAUCAACUGUAAAUCGCUGCCUCCGACGGCGAGCGAUGAUAGCGUCGAUGUCCUCACCACCGUGGUGGUCUAAGGAGGAGGGGGCCAAAUAUGAAUGGGCAGCGAUCUCACGACCCAACAGCCCUCGGCUCAUUUCCGCUUAAAAGUUCCUGGCAUUUAGCAUGGCAUUUCCGUUUCCGUUUUCGAUGAUGAUGAAGAUGAUGAUGAUUAUGAUGCAGCCAGCCAUUGCCACAGCACGGGCGCGUUUUCAAAGUGCAUUAGUAGAGUAUUUAAUUAGUGUAUAAGUUAGUUAGCUAUCGAGUUAGUUAUAUAUUCUAGUUAGUUAUAUAAUCUAGUUAGUUGGUUAGUUAGUUAGUUAGUUGGUUAGUUAGUUAGUUAGUUGUGGCUGCGUAGUUAGCAUUUUGUGUUGCAUUCUUUGUUAGUGUAAUUUCAAAUUCUUCUCUCCAUCGCUAAGCAACAUCCUACACAGUGUGAUAUUUAGUAGUAUAAACCAGGACGCGCAUAUACUCGUAUAUAACCAAUAUGUAUAUCCUUUGUGGCCCCAUGCAGGAGCCUGUACAUAAUAGCAUAGCUCUGUAGCUUUUUCGGUACAGAGAUGUAAUGUGUAAUUAAUGAAUAAGCAAUCAGUUGUUAAGUUGUACAUACAAAUUGUAAAGUUGUAGUUACCGUUAUUGUAUUUUGUCUAAAAAUCGAGAGAUAAACUUAAGCCGCAACAGGUAGGACUUAAAAAGAAAAACAUCAACAAGAACAACAACGAACAAAACAAAUUGUUUUUAUCGUUUGCAAUAAUCAAUCGAUUGCCCAUAAACUAAAUAGCUGUGUAUUUAAGUAUAAAGUAAAACAAUUUAAUUCCACAUACUGUAUGUAUUAUACUAAACAUAGUAAUAUUUAUUUAUUAUUAUUUUUAUGUAGCGCCAGUGCACUCUGUAAGCAGUUACUUUUGAUCUAGAAGCAAUAAAGCAAUAUCAAUUAUGAUAGUAAAACAUA